AUGGGUUUCGUCGAUACUCUGACACAGGCAUCCGAUCUAGACAAGCAGAGGCUGAGGACCAGUCCUCAAGUCCUCAAGUUGUUUGCCCUGAUAUUAUUUGCCGUGCUCGUACUCAAAAUCCGCGCCAGGCACCGAGCAGACAGAAUCACGAACCAACAUGGCAGGAAAAUCUGCGAGCUUCCUGGAGAUGCCCGCGUGUCCAAGUUCGCUUUCAGCCAGCAGCUCUCCGAUCAGGGCAAGGCUCUCGCCGGAGGGAAGCCGUUCAUCAUCCGCAAUGGCCGGGCAAGAGAGCUGGUGGUGACCAAGCCAGAACACAUCUAUGACUUCUACAAGGGCGAUACUAAGCAUCAUCCUAAGCCACCAUAUCUGAACAUGGGAAAGUACUUUAGCGGCAUUCUUGGCCAUGCAGUCGGAGCAAUAGCGGGAGAAAGAUGGUCGAUGAUCCGUCGCUACUUCGACCCCGAGUUCUCGUUCCAAUCCGCUCGACAAGCGAUCCCGCAACUCACCGCGAGCAUCAACCGAUGGCUUGAUGAUCUGCCACUGCAAGGAGCAGGAACGGAGAAAGAGUUUGCACUGGAGAUCAAGAAGCCCUGUCGGUUUUCGCCGCUCCGGCUUGCGGCGGAGUUUGUGUAUGGGGAGGUUUUUGAUGAUGAGCGUUUCUCUGCCUUAUUGGAACUAAAUGUGCUCCACGAAGUCAUCCUGCAUGACGUGAUCGCCAACAAACGGCUGGCGACAAGGCUAGGCUGUUGGUUGGACCAUAAAGCCGCCAAACGGAUGGAAGAAUUCCGUGCUAAGUGGAGGGAGUUCAAUCUUAGGAUCAUUCAGUCUGCUCGGGAGGCAUCGCAGGUGUGCCCUGCCGAGAGGAUAUAUCGCGGUGUCGAAGAGGGCGAUUUGAAACUUGAGGAGUUCCUGCACACCCUAGACGAGAUUCUCUUCGCCAACGUCGACGUCAGCUCCGCGGUCCUCAACACUCUAUUUGAGCAUCUAGCUGCGAACGCGGCUUUUCAACAGAAGCUUCGAGGGGAGGUUGAAGCGCAUAUUCAGAGUCGCACCCACACCCCGGACACCGAUACUGAAACGGAUACUAAUACCCACACCGGAAAAUAUCUAUCAAAACAAGAUACACUUUUAAACUACGCCGUGAUGGAGGCUAUGCGCUUGUCGCCGGCCUUUGCAUUCUCUCUCCCCGAAUGCACGGCUGUCCCUAAAGAGAUUGGGGGGUAUCGAGUUCCCGCACGAUGUCCUGUCGUGAUAGACGCCAAACGCCUGAACGCGGACCCAGCCACCUGGGGCAAAGACGGGGAUACGUAUCGCCCCGAACGAUUCCGGGAUAUUCCGUCCUCGAAGUGCGAUACGGGUUUAUGCGAUUUGGUGUCGGGGCGGCGAGUGGACGAUGUCUCGGGAAGCAUUUGGCGGAUACGGUGUUCAAGUUGA